GAAUCCAAGACAAGAGAAUCAACAAUCCCUCUGGUGCAAUGGAUUUAGGGGGACUUGGCUGGAAGUUUGGGAGUGGGACCUGUGAGUGAACAGACUCUCAGCUGCAGGAGUGACAUAGCAGGUCAUGACCAGCAGAUUGGAUCGUCAGAGGUAGGACAAUGUGAGUGCAGGAGCAGAAAAGGUCCUGGAGUACGGAGAGGAAUCUGAGCUCCAUUUAAACAGGUCAGUAACAUGACCUUCAGCCCACUCCCCUCAGGGUAGGGGCGGGGAGAGAAAUAAUUGGGAAUGAACAAACUCAGAGACCCUUUCUGCUCAUAGAAGGGAAGGGUCAGGCCUGCAGAGAUCUCAUGAUGCCCUUCACCAAACUAGUUAAACAUCUAAAGUAAGAACCUGCAGCCACUGCUCUUCUCCUGAUCUGACUGGAAAGUUUUAAAAAUCCCUUCAAAAGAGGAAGAGAACCAGGCCAAUAGAAUAACAAAAAGAGACAGGCAGAAACAAUCAGGAAUUGCCAGUGUCAAAAAGGAAAAGAGGGAAAGCAAAAACCUGAAGGACAGAAAGAGGAAGAGUAGGAGGAAGAGAUUGGAUUCAUCACACAGCAUAGAGGCUGCUCCUUCUCCUGGCCACUGGACUGGUGAGGAUGAACUGAAAGUAGAAAGGACAAGAAGACUCCAAGCAGCUUGAAUCACCAAGAGGCCACAGAACCACCUCACAGGGAUGCAUAACUCAGACAUGAUCUGCUUUGUUGUAGGGAGUUUCCUAUGGUUCCCCCAAGUGAGAGGUGAGGAAGGCUGCCUCAACACUGAACUCUGUUCAGGUACAGAAUGGGACCGUCUGUGGUAUAUCUGGCUGGUGCUGGUGGUUGGGGGGCUCCUGCUGCUCUGUGGGCUGAUCUCUGUCUGUGUGAGGUGCUGCUUCCAGUGCCACCAGACCGGGGACGAGUCGGGCCCUCAGCCCUACGAGGUGACCGUCAUCGCCUUUGACCACGACAGCACCCUCCAGAGCACCAUCACCUCUCUCCACUCCGUGUUUGGGCCAGCUGCCAGGAGGAUAUUGGCUGUGGCACACUCCCACAACGCUGCCCAGGGAACACCUCCCCUCUCAGCCUCAGACACCCCUCCAGUGUAUGAAGAAGCUCUGCACAUGAGCAGGUUCACGGUGGCCAAGGCAGGGCAGAAAGUGCCAGACCUGGAUCCAGUGCCAGAGGAAAAACCACAGCUGCCUGCAGAGGGCAAGGAUGCCCAGCCAGCCCUCCCAGGACACUGAUGUCUGGCUUUAUUGAUAGCAAGUAAUACAGGAUAGUUGCAUGCAGAGACUAAUUCAGGUGGGCAAGGUCUUAAGAAUUUCAGAUUAACUUCCUUAGUCAAUUGAGAAGGGGGUGGGGGGGAAACAACUAAAAUACCAAAUAUUUUCAGGUCUAGCAUAGUGGAAUGGCUCUUUUUGACACCUCCUUCAGAUAAUUUGCAUUCUCCAAGCCCAUUCAUUACAGGCACACAACACUGGAAUCACACUUUGCACAAAUAAGCAGGCAGCAGGAUCAAGGUGCUGAGCCAUUUUGUAGGCUAGUGAUCUUGCAGUCUCAUUCCUCUUGCCUUUAGCCUAAAUUUCCUCAGGAUGGCAGAGAGGUCUUCAAAACCAAAAAAAAAAAAA